AUGACGCCGUAUACUGAACCAGAUUCCCUCUAUUUUUACUCCUCUCUUGUCAUUCCUCGGGAUAGUCUUUAUAUUAUCCUUUUCCUUAUCUUGAUCUUUGUGAUAUAUGUACUCGGGAGCGAAGUUAACAGGUACCUAGCUCGAGUACCAGGUCUGCCCGGUCCUCGUGGUUUACCCUUGAUGGGAAGUCUACCAUGGCUUUGGGGCAAGGUUCACGCAGAGCAGUAUAGGUCAUGGGCUGCGCAAUAUGGCGACGUUUUCCAAGUACAAUUAGGAAAUCGUACUGUGGUAAUCGUCAAUAGUGCUGCCUCAGCAAGAGCUUUAUUUUUAGGGCAACGCGAAGCGACAAAUUCUAGGCCCUUAUUCUACGUACUACACCAAAAGGUCCAAAGCGGUUCGGUCACUAGUAUUGGAACUAGUCCAUGGGAUGAGAGCUGUAGACGAAGGAGAAAGGUUGCUGCCACUGCGCUGAACAAGGUAGCUGUGGAUUCGUACUUCCCGAUUCUUAACCUUGAAUCUAGAGCAUUCUUGGCGGACAUUCUUGAUGCUUCGUUAUCUGCCAAUAACAACACCGUGGACUUCCGUGAUGCGGUACGCAAGUUUGCAAUGAAUCUAGUUCUCACACUUAACUAUGGGACACGUGUCGAAAGUUUGAAAGACUUGCGCUCGAAUGCAAUGAUUGCGGAAAUUAUCCAUGUAGAAACUGAAAUAACUCGGCUUCGCGAUACGACACGCAACUACGAGAACUAUAUACCGCUAUUGAGACCUUUGAACAGGCUAGCAGAGUGGACAAGAUUGCGAGACGGCAAUUAUAUGCCUAACAUCGGGAAACGAAGAACUGGCUACCACCAAAUGUUACUAGAAAAGCUUAAGGAGCAAGUUACUGCUGGAAUUGAUCAACCCUGCAUUCAGGGUAAUGUCCUAAAAGAUCCCGAGAGCAAGGGAUUGACAGACAACGAGAUAUUAAGUGUGAGUUUGAGCAUGAUGGCAGGAGCAGAUACCAGUCAACCCACGUUGGCCUGGACGAUCCUACUUUUGUCGCAGCGACCUGAUGUACAGCGAAAGGCCUACCAGUCUAUCAUUGAUGCUGAUCCGACUUUACUCACAGCGCCUGAUGUAGCUCACACUAGAGUCGAGUAUAUUGACGCUUUUACUAAAGAAAUCAGUCGAUACUACACUGCUUUAAAGCUCGGACUACCUCGAGCGACAUACGAUGAGGUACAUUGGAAAGGUGCAACCAUCCCACCGAAAACAAUGAUGUUUGUCAAUUCAUGGGCUUGUUCCAGAGAUGAAGGACUAUUCGAGGACCCAAAUACCUUUGCGCCAGAGCGAUGGUUACACGGCGGCACCCAUUACCAUCAGUUCGCUUUUGGGAUUGGGGGCCGUAUGUGUGUAGCAAAUCACCUUGCACACAAAGCACUUUAUACCGUAUUCCUACAUCUGAUCGCCCAUUUCGAGAUUCUUCCAACUGAGGGUUUGCAUGAUCCACUUAUUGACGAUCCUCUCGAAGGGGUAUCCGAGAAAGAACAGUUUGUGUCAGCCCCACGUGGGCGUACAGCAAGACUUGUUCCGCGAGAUAUUAUGGCUACUAGGAAGGUUCUUGGGUUAAUCUAG